AUGGCUCUACAAGGAAGAAAGCUAAUGCAACCUAAAAAAAAAUUUGCUGUUAAACUUAAAACCCUAACUAUUACUUUAGCUUUAGCUACUGGAAUUAAUAUUACUAAUGGUUUUGCUGAUGAAGCAACAGAUGCCGAAAAAGUAACAGCUUUUGGCGCGGGAUUAAAAGAUUUUAUUAAGGAUUAUGAUAAUGCUAAUUCUCCUGCUGUGAAAGGUGUGGUAGCAAAAACAAGUGCUGCGGCAACUGGAGUAGGAACUUAUAAAGCGGUAGGUAAGGUUGGAACAGAUGAUAGCAAAGCAAUAACUAAAGGUAAAGAUUUAACCAAAACCAGAUAUGUUGAAUUAUUAGCAGAUGCUAAAGCAAUAGACCUUGGUGUAACUAAAGUCCAAGGAGUAUUUGGUAAUAUAACAGGAACAAAAAAAAAGGCUGAGAUUUUAAAGAACUUACUAACUAAUCUUGGUGAUGCCAACCCUGGGCAAGGUCUUAUAGAAUAUGUUGAUGGUGUUGCGACUCUUGGUAAUGCAUCUACACCAGCAGGUGUGGAUAAUGCAUUAAAAAAACUUGUAAAUAAUAGUGCAACUGGUGAGAACAUAUCAACAGCUGCUAAAACAGAUGCGUUAGUAACUAAUAUCCAUAAUCUAAAUAUUGUUAUAGAAG